AUGGAUUCAGCGUCAUCAAGUUCAUCGGCCUCUGGCGGUGCAGAUGAAGAAUGGAUUGAGCUUGCCAACAGCCUGUUGAAGAAGGUCCACCUGCUGCUGAGGGUCAGACAGCUGACCGACUGUGAUGGUCAUCUGCUGGUCAGUCUGUACGAGGGGAUCCUUGGGGAUAAACCACCGGAUUGUAUAGUGGACCCCCUGACCAAGGAAGACCACAUCCACAACGUCCAGAGUGUCAUAGACUCCUUAGCCCUGGACUAUCUCCAUGUGAACCUGUCACACAUCACGGGGGAGGGGGUAGUCUCGGGGGACUCCGAGAGCAUCAGGAACCUGCUGGAGAUAUUUGAAGGCCUGUUCGAGUACCUGGCGGAGGAGAUUGAAAGUGACUCUGAACAGGAAGAUGAGGGUGCACCCCAGGACCCAUAUGCCUUCUCCCAACAGGGACAGUCCAUUAUAACUGAUGUACUGGAUCAAGAGUUGGGUACUUCUCAUAGGACAGAGAGACCUGCCCCCCCUGCCACAGUGUCUGCUGCACCAGUACAGGACAGUCUGGAGGAGGGCUCCACAGAUGACCUGAUAGAGCUGGGGGAUAGCAGAUAUGUACACACUCGCAGUCCUGUCAGACCAACCGCAACAAGGCUUGAGGACACCUACAGUAAAGCAACAACAAGCCAACCAACCACAGUUCCCAGUACAGUUCCGUCCACAUCUGUCUCCGUUCAACCACCGCCAACCACAAACAUCACACCCUCUGCCAUUCCUACACCCAUCCUCCCAACAACAAGACCAGAAGACACAUCGGACUUGAGAAGGAUCUCCACAGUUCCUCCUUCUAUAGCCAUCCCGAUCUCUGUCACAAGAACUCCUACUCACAGAGAUGUUGGGGAUAUCAACACCACUCUGCCUAGCAGGAGAAUUCCUACCUAUUCCAAUGCAGUAGAGCCCCCUCUAGUCCCUAUUACAUCAACAAGACCAACCAAAGAACCACAGCCAUAUGUUGGUGAGUUAUCUCAGGGUUUGGGUGUCACACAGCCUCUGAUUGGUGAGGAGAGACUUGUAGGACAGAGAGAAGAACUUGAAAGCCAAUCAGCUAUCAGAACACACAGGGAUGCUGAAAGAGACCAAACGGCUCCGAAGAGAGUGCACUUUACAGAUGGCACAGGCAGGACUCCCACGAGGAAGACAGCAGGGAUGGACAGAAGGAGGGAUGGGGAGGAGGAGGAGAGGAGGAUGGAGGAAGAAGAGGAAGUGCUGGACCACCAGAGGAGGCUGAGACAACUGGAGGAAUUCCUGGAGAGAUCACGUGAGGAGGUUCGUCGGCUGAUGGUACGAGAGGAUGAAGAGUUGUCCCAGCACAGUGACAGUGCUGUAGACUAUGAGACAGACACCAGUAGUGGUGUAAUGUUUUCUAUUUUCCUUAGUGAGGAGGUUCGUCGGCUGAUGGUACGAGAGAAUGAAGAGUUGUCCCAGCACAGUGACAGUGCUGUAGACUAUGAGACAGACACCAGUAGUAGUGUUGAGGAGGUUCGUCGGCUGAUGGUACGAGAGGAUGAUGAGUUGUCCCAGCACAGUGACAGUGCUGUAGACUAUGAGACAGAUACAGACACCAGUGGGGAGACAGACACCAGUAGUGGUGUUGAGGAGGUUCGUCAGCUGAUGGUACGAGAGGAUGAAGAGUUGUCCCAGCACAGUGACAGUGCUAUUCUGGGUUCCAUCUACAGAGAUGAGUUUAAGGGCAUCGCAACCAGUGAGCUGAGGAAACAAGCAGAAAUCAGGAGGAAAUCAAAUCAAAAGGAUAAGAUUUACAGGAAAGCUACCCUGAAGUCUCCAAAGAAGACAACAUACAGGCCUGGAACCAAAUACAGAGCGCCUGUCAGCAGAGGAACUUCUAGACUUGCGGAUGAAGGGAAUGAAAGAAGGAGGAAGAGAAGUCGGUCAGCCAGCCCCACAACUCCAGUCAGAGCAGAUGACACUUUGACAGUGAAAGACAACGACCUCCUGCCAGUACUAAUGGAGGAGUUCCCAUUCCUACACGUGUCGCCCCACACCAUGGCUAACAUGUGGAGGAGACAGAUGAAACAGAUAGAACAGAUCACCAAGAUGUCGGAACCUGUCAGCAAGAGAACCAAGACUCAGAAACAGUUUGAGGAUGCCAAGAAGAGACAAGAGACCAUGCUGAAGAUUCUGGACAAGGAAAGACAGCACCAGCAAAGGAUGAAAGAGCUCCGUGACAGGAGUAAGCAACAGCGCCAGGUGCACCGUGCUGUCCAACAGAAGAGACAGCAAUCGGCCCGCGCCAGGAGGUACUACGACGAGUACCAGGUCAGGAUGAGGGCCAAGAUGCUGAAGAGGAAGACUCGAGAAGAACAGAUCUUCAAGAAGCUGUUUGAGGAGGGCCUAGGGAUCCAGAAGACGCGGAUACGGGAUCUGAGACAGUACGCUAAGGAGAAGAGGGACCACGUGGCACAGCGGCAGCAGGAUGAACUGGAGUCCAUGGAGAACUACUACCGUGACCAGUUCAGCAUGCUUGCUGAGACUCUGACAAGGGAGCGGUAUGAGCUGCAGAUUCGGGACAAAGCCCAAGCAAAGGUUCUGGAGAAGAUGAGACGUGAGCUCCGACAGAAGAUGGAACAGGAGAUUAAGGGCCUACAGGAGCAGCUGACUCGUGACGAGGAUGACGCGUACUUCCGACAGCUGGAGGCAGACAGGCUGCGUCGUCAGCUCAACUUCGCACGAUACCAGACGAGAUUGUAGUACCUUCUCUUUCCGUGAACACAGAGUGCUUGAGAGAUCUUUAAUUUGUGUCCAAGUGUUGAACUAGUACUUCUGACAAUUAGAGGCAAACCUGCUCCGCCGCCAAAUCAACUUUGCAUGAUACCAGACGAGGUUGUGAUACGUGUAGCUUCUCUUUUGUGAACACCACGUGCAUGAGAGAUCUUUUGUUUCAAAAUUGUUUCAAGAUGAUAUCUUUCAUUUUAUCUUUUCUUACUCUAUGACAUUAAAGAUGAAUCUCAAUGCUUAAAAGAUACCAAAUGUUUUACUGUGGGUUUAAGUACAUUUUGUAUAUUGUAGCAGCAAACUUGUACCUGGUUACCCAAUGGGUAUUGGUAUGAUUUACCGGUACAAAACCAUUUUUUCUUGUUGGAACUACAGGCAACUUUUAAAGAAUUUUAAAUGCCAGUGAGAGUUUGAUACUCUGCCAAAUUGAUCCCUUUGUUGAAAUUUUCACGAGCAGGUUUAGGUCUGGAGCGGGACCUAAUCUUCUUUACCUGAACCAACCUGUAAUUGAAUUUUCUGUAUCGGUACCCACCCAUACCCAAUAUGUUUGGCAACAAUAGAAAAAAUGUUCAUUAAUACAUGGAGGUUUUUGUAUAUUUUAUUUCCCAAUGUAAACUUUCUGUCACCAUUUACAGCAGGGUAUAUCUUAUUGCCUUGUCCUUACAGCACAUAUAGACCUUGACAAAUGCUAUAGAUUCUGAAUAAUAAACUUUUUUGGAGGAACUGCGUAGCUCUUUUAAAGAGUCAUGUGUUACAGAAAUAAGAUACUUAACAUCAAAUUCUGAAAAUGCUUUAAGCAAUGCACAAAUUCAUAAAUCUACAAUUGACCAUAUCUACAUGUAGCUGCAGUUUAGGGAAUAUUCAAUGACAUUACUUACAUGUAUGUUAACUUUUUAACUAUUGUAUGAAAGAGUUCCUUUGUGUGUAAAUACAAUGAUGAAUAAAUUGCAGAUGGAAAUAA